GAUUCAUCACAGACUACAUAGCUCUGCGAUUUAUGUUUUGAUUUUUAGGUGUUUUCAGUUUUGUAGUUUCAUUAGUUUGAUUUACAAAAUUUAUUUAGACAUUAGUGUAAUUCAGAAGAAAAGAAAAUGACUUGGGGUUUCGUUACUUGUGGUCCAAAUGAGGCGCUUGUUGUGUCGGGAUGUUGCUACUCAAAACCUCUCCUGGUACCUGGAGGCAGGGCAUUUGUCUGGCCUGCUGUGCAACGUGUUCAGCGAAUAUCUCUCAACACUAUGACCUUGCAGGUUGAAUCUCCUACCGUCUACACCAGCCAGGGAGUCCCCAUAUCUGUCACAGGCAUUGCACAGGUUAAGAUCCAAGGUCAAAAUGCAGAGAUGUUGCUCUCUGCCUGUGAGCAGUUUCUUGGCAAAUCAGAACAAGAGAUCCAACAUAUAGCCCUGGUGACCCUGGAAGGUCAUCAACGUGCUAUCAUGGGAUCUAUGACUGUUGAAGAAAUAUAUAAAGAUCGGAAGAUUUUUUCCAAAAAGGUAUUCGAAGUGGCUUCAAGUGAUCUGAUAAAUAUGGGAAUCACCGUAGUUUCGUACACCCUCAAAGAUAUAAGAGAUGAAGAGGGCUAUUUGAAAGCUCUUGGUAUGGCGCGCACUGCGGAAGUAAAGAGGGAUGCGCGUAUCGGUGAGGCAGAGGCUCAAGCCGAGGCUAAGAUCAAGGAAGCUAUGGCCGAGGAGCAAAGGAUGGCGGCCAGGUUUAUCAACGAUACGGAAAUCGCUAAGGCUCAAAGGGACUUCGAGCUGAAGAAGGCCGCAUACGAUGUUGAAGUACAAACAAAAAAGGCCGAAGCUGAAAUGGCGUACGAGUUGCAAGCCGCAAAGACCAAACAGCGCAUCAAGGAAGAACAGAUGCAGAUCGCUGUGGUGGAACGCACGCAAGAGAUCAACGUGCAAAAGUGGGAGGUGCAACGACGAGAGAAGGAACUAGAGGCCACCAUACGCAGGCCUGCUGAAGCAGAGAAGUUCAAACUGGAGAAGUUAGCCGAAGCUCACAGACUGAAGACCGUGCUUGAGGCAGAAGCCGAAGCUGAGGCUGUUAAGGUUCGCGGUGAGGCUGAAGCGUUCGCUAUUAAAGCAAAGGCGGUUGCAGACGCUGAGCAAAUGACCAAGAAGGCGGACGCAUGGAAGGAGUACGGUUCUGCAGCCAUGGUUGACAUGAUGCUUGAGACAUUGCCCAAGGUGGCGGCGGAAGUGGCAGCACCAUUGUCGCAAGCACGCAAAGUGACCAUGGUGUCGUGCGGCGGCGGCGAAGUAGGUGCCGCUAAGCUCACCGGCGAAGUUCUCAGCAUCGUCCAGUGCAUUCCCGAACUCGUGAAGGGCGUUACAGGCGUAGAUAUCUCCAAGGUAAAGGGACUACGUGCCGUUUAAAGCCACAAUCUACGUAGCGACAAAGAGGUGGCCACGCGGUAAUAAUUACAAAUGUCGUCUAUAAUUGCUGCCUAGUAGUAGAUUACGAAUACUACGAAUAUUAGAUAUCGUAAUCCUUUUAUAAUAUGUAAUUCUUCGAUAUGUUACGGGCAAAGUUUUUAAUGAGGCAUUAUUCAUAAUUGAGCGUCAACGCUUUAACGCUCCCGUCACUCUUUUGUGUUCUUUUGUUUUUAUAUCUCGAUAACAAUAAGUGACCCUAAUUUCAGUCAGGCUGUAUAUGACCAAACGAACUAUGGAGAUGAACAUCAUUCUAACUCUACCAAGACGUACACAAUUCUAAUUGAGAUUGAUCGUUUUCAAUGCCAUAGAGAAAAUACUCUUAUGAACACCUACACAGGAAAUGCAUUGUUCUUUUCGAAACGUCUUUAUUCAACUUUGUCAUCAAAGUUGGGGCUGCGAGUUUCUUAAGAUUUUGUAAGAUAUCAUUGCUAAUAAUUAAAGCCCAGUAAAGACUUUUUGUAUUAAUUGUAUGACCUACUUACUUGUGUAUUAUUUGAGUUGCUCGCGAUAUAUGAAUAACGCACGAUUAAUCACUUUGUCUGAUAUAUAAAAAUCUUCCACGAUACGUGACGAUUCAAUAAGCACAUUUGCUACCUAUAUUUUCGACUAAGAACGUUUAUUCUAUUAUAAUCGAGUUUCGUGUAAGGUUUCGUGUGAGCGAUCAUAGGAGCGGUGAUCUGCGGGGUUAUGCUGCAUGUUUUCAAAGUUUUGCAAGUUGCAGUUGUUGUUGUUAUCGUAACUUGUAAUCUGAUACGAAACUGUAGGUGUAUCCAAGCAAUUGCCAAUAUCAACAUUUAAUUUUUGUGUUAGAUGACAAGUUGUGACUCUAGCGCGAGAGUCUCUCAAGUAAUCAAAGGCGUUACGAGGAAUUUCAAAUAAACUCUGACUAAACGCGAUUAAGAAACGGCUCCCUAGCCACCUUUUCUCGUAAUCCAUAAUUUAUUUUAUUCUGUUACUUUCAUCUUUACUAUAACAGUCCACUGUUAUACACAGACUGUUAUAUUUUGUCUCCCAACGGGAGGGUUUGCCCCAAUUCACCACGCUGGGCAGACGGGUUGGUGACCACAAUAGAUGGUAGUACAAAGGCCGCUGCUACGUUUUCCCCUUUUAGUCCCAUAGUCGGCCUCAUAAGACACACACGGGAAGACACACACACAGAGUGCCUUUACUUCAAUUAUGUUUAUUUUGCCCAAAAUGUAGUAUACUAUUUACGUUAAUACUAUACAAAAUGUUAUUAUACCCAUCAUUAUGGAUUUAAAAACAAUAAAAUUAAUGACAAUGUUUGUUUGGACGAUUUCGCGGAAAGCGGCAACCUUUGUGAAAAAAAAAACACACAGCGUAACCCUGUUUGAUAGACGCGACCAUUCGCCUUAAUACUCUCAAAAACUUUACAAAUGACUGUUAUACUAAUAAAAAUAUAGUAAUAUCUAAAUAUGGGUUCUAGAGCAAUAAAUAACAGAGGGAUCAUCUUCCGGAUUAUGUUUGUAUGGAGGAUCUCGCGGAAAGCGCAAUCUUUAUGUCAAAAACAUAAGUCCGAUGACAGAUGUGACCAAUCGCCUUAAUACUCUCAAAAAAAUUACAAAUGACUGUUAUACUAAUAAAAUGAUACCUAUAUUUUUUUAUUUAGCUAAACUGUCGUUAACAUUUUAGGGUAUAAUGCAAAUAUUUGGUGUUCAAACAAAUUUCUUAUUAGAAAGUAAAUAACUAAAUUAGCGUUUUGUAGUUCUUAUUGAAGUCAUAUUGCUUUUCUAAACAUAAUAUAGAUUUUCCAUUGAUAACUGUAGCUUAUAUUUACCAAAAUAUUGAUUGCGUUUAUUAAAAUAUGGUACUUUAAUAUUAACUGUAAUUUUCGGAUAAGUGCCUUUUGGCUUAAUAUUGUCAUUUGAAAUAUAGAUAUGUAUAAAACAACAAUUUGCCGUCUUCUUCCGAGCAAGGACAUAUCCGAUAUCACUGACAUUCGAUAUAUUCUGUUAAAAUACUUAAUCUUUAAGUGUUUAAAUAAUAUCGUUAUUCGGAAAGAAGCUUGUUGACAUACGUAUUUACUAAUGGCAAGUUAUUAAAUGUGCUAAAAGGUACUUGUAUAAGAUAAGAAUAGUCAAAUUAAACUGUUUGUGAAUUUUCGUAGUAACAUAGAACCGAAUCAGUGUAUAUUAUCUUGCUAGCAUUUGUAUUUCACUGAGGAGCAUUCUUAUCGACGUGUCGAAAGUGAAGCAAUGUUCUUAGUCGGUUCGCUCCUCGCAGGGCAGUUACUUUGGUCGUUAGCACGUUUGCCCAUUUAUCUCCACUGUCUGACAGCUGUAUUUCUCGUGCUCUCAUGUAUGCGAACGUCCAAAGCAAGAAUUUAACGAACAUGGUUUCAGGAAGCUAGAAAGGUCACUAUACGGUGGCACUUUCAGGAGAGUGUCAGACAAUAAUCUCAGCAUAAUUUUAUCUCGAAUUCCUUAGCAUAAUUUCCACCCAUGCUCCCUUUACACGGUGUCUGACUUUCCAAUAAUAUAAUCUGUGUGGUGUUCUGAAUUUUUCAGCAGGUUUUGCAUCACAUGGCUAACUGUCUACCCUUGCUUCUAUUGCGCAAUGUUUAUACGAUU